UCGAAAUCACUGAUGAGGAGAGGAAAAAAUUUGAGGAGUGACCCAUCUUCACCAUAUCCAACUGUUCAAGUACAGGAAACCACUGACUGGAAAACUGUGCUUACAAGAAGAGUCACUGCUGUCAUCAGAGUUGAUGGGAUAGAGAUCUGCCGGGCUAGCGGUGUGGACGAAGGGGUUCUUUCUGCAUUCUGUGCCUAUUUUGUCUUCAAUUUGACAUAUCCACCUCACUUGAAGAACACUCUGGUGUUUCUUCAGCGGUAUGUUUUGAAACUUACUGUGGAUGGUGACAAGCCUCUACUUACUCCAGUUACCAGAGUAAUCAACCUUUUACAGUAACAUCUGCAAAAAUGCCUCGCCCCUUCUGUUGUCCUAAAUGCUCUCGGAGAACAUUCACAAUUGUCAAAUUAAUCCAGCACAUUGGUCUCAUUCAUGCACAUGAGGCAAAUUUUUCAAUAACUUGUGGUCUUAAUGACUGUCAGAGAACAUUUUCAAAGUAUGAGUCCUUUAGAUGUCACGUUUACCGAAAGCAUAAACAUACGGUGUUACAACAGACUAUGACUGAUGAUCCUCUUCCUUUCUUUGAGGAUGUUGAGGAAGAAUGUCCUAAUGAUAGUGUUGUACUGUCUGCCCCCCCUCCAAACAUGAAGGAGCUGUUUCAGCAAUUUAGAGAGAACCUAUGUGCCUUUGUUCUGAAAUGCAGAGAAAAAAAUCACCUGCCUCAGUCAGUGCAGCAAGAAAUUUUAGAUGAUGUAAAUUUCUUAUUUAGUUUUUUCAAAGAAAACUAUGACUCAUUUCUUGCAUAUCAUCUAAAAGAAAAUGGAUUUGAUCUUGCUGCAUCCCCAGAACUUCAAGAAGUGCUACAGUCCCCUGACUUUUUUUCAGAGGCCUCGAGACUUGUUAGGUCUCCACACAUGUUCAAAGAGUAUUGCAAAUCAAAAUUUGAGUUGACUGAGCCUGUGCAGUAUACACUAAGAGACACGUAUGGUAAUAAGACUGGAAGUUACUCGUACAUUCCUAUAUGUGAGGUAUUGAGAAAAUACUGUUCCCAUGAGGACAUCUGGGACCAGAUACAAACUGAGUUCAACACUGAAAAAGAUGAACUUGUUCUAAAAGAUUAUCGAGAUGGACUUCAUUUCAAAAACCACAAAUUCUUUGCAAAUAACCCACAAGCUCUGAGACUGCAUCUUUAUGAAGACGAGUUUGAGGUGUGUAAUCCUCUGGGUUCAAAACGUAACAAACACAAACUCUGUGCAUUUUACUAUACAAUUGGAAAUAUAGGUACAAAGUAUUGUUCUCAGUUAAAACAUAUUCAUUUAGCUUUACUUGCUCGCUAUAGCCUUGUGAAACAAUUUGGAUUAGAUGAAAUUUUGAAGCCAUUCAUAGAUGAUCUUAAAAAGCUUUCAUCAGAAGGAAUUAAUGUACUUGUUGAUGGUGUGGAAAAAAAUGUUCGUGCAGCUGUUGCAGUUGUAUCUGCUGAUAACCUUUCCUCUCACUUAAUAGGUGGAUUCAGCAUGUCAUUUAAUGUUGGUAGAAUUUGUAGAUACUGCAUGGCCACACAUAGCAACAUUAAGAGAUGUUUUAAUGAAUCUGACUUUGUUUUAAGAACUACUGAUGUCCACAGAUACCACUUGGAGUGUGUAAAGGAAAAUCCUGACACGAAAGCCAUUUAUGGUGUUACCAGAGACUGUCCUUUUGACAAACUGGACUACUUUGAUGUCACUACCUCACUUCCUCCGGAUGUGAUGCAUGACUUUUUAGAAGGUGUAGUUCCUCUAGUGUUGCGCCUUGUUUUAAGUAAAGCUCACAGAGAAAAAGUCAUAACCAUACAAGAGUUUAACGAGGAGCUGAGGAAACUUACUUUUGGACAGAAUGAUAAAAAACAAGCCUGUUCCUCUUUCUGA